AUGUCUCCUGCUACCAACAGCAACCAAGCAACCCCAAGUAACGCGGUCGCAGACAACUUGUCUGUCAAAAGACUCCUCGUACCUGCCGACGGCAGCGCCAGAGCAGAAGAACCAGCGGCCACAGCCCUAGGCGGGAACGUGAUCGCCAAACCCACUGAAAAAGGGCCCGCAAAAAGGAAGACUAGGGCAGUAAAAGGCAAACCAAGUCAGACAGUAGCAAACACGGGGAAAAAGACCAACCCAACCCUCCCCCACGUUGCAACGGGAGGAGGAUACGUUAGGGACACCUUGGGCGAGGAAGCCUUCCUAGUAGGGUUGUCGGCGCCACCCCCUGUGGCGCGCCAAAGGAUGGCCUGGAGGGUCCGUCGGCCUGGCUGCCUGGCAGGUCUCCCUGAGAAAGCCAGGAGAAGACUCCUGUCAAAGUGCCUGGCCGGCAGACCUGCAGGCUGA